UAUUACAGCUCCACCAUGACGUCCUGUCUUCCCACUUGGCCGUUGGCGCUCUUUGGCGUCAUUGAGCCCGCAAUGCUCGUCUGGGCAUAUGUAAACUUUCUCAUGGACCCAUUCAAAUAUUUCGCCGACCAGGCCCCCUUUUUCGCUGCAACAGACGACCACUUUACACCUCAAGCAGUAGCCUUGUCCUGGCAGAUGGCAAAUGUGUUGCUGUUGCUAGCACCGAUAGCUCUCAUCUGCUGCUGGACCCAACAUCGUGAGAUUGCCAUUGGAUACCUGGUUGCGGUUGGAUUCGCCGACUUUGGCCACAUCUACGCCAUCUAUAGAGCUGGCCCCGAGUAUUUCUGGGACGUUGGCUCUUGGAAUGACAUGACCUGGGGAAAUGUCGGCGUGAGCGCGUUUCUCAAUGUGAAUCGAUGGCUGACUGUGUUGGGAGCCUUUGGAAAAGUUGGCAGUGUGGAUCGGACCAAGAAGACGGUUUAA